AGCCGCGCGAUGUGGCUCGCCGUCCCGCGCGCGCCAGUCCGCGCCGCGCCGCCGCCGCGCUCGCCCGCCAACAUGACCGACCCCGCCAACUCCACCGACCCGUUCCGCGCGGAAAACUUCACGCGCACCAUGUUCAACAUCAGCGCGCUAGACUACUUCACCGAAAGCAUCGUCAGUGCCGUUAACAUUUAUUACACGCCUAUUUUGGUAAUAUUAGGGACGAUUGGCAACUUGUUAUCUAUUUGCGUGUUUUACACGUCCAAACUCCGUACUUUGAGCACUUCACAGUAUUUGACAGCGUUAGCCGUGUCGGAUACUGUGUUUAUUAUACAGUUACUUCCGCCAUGGCUAAACGCUGUCGAUGCUACAGGAUUGUUCCAUCGAGAGUACUUUUGUCAAGUUUUCGUUUACGUGUCAUACGUGUCAUGCAGUCUGAGUUCGUGGCUGGUGGUGGCGUUCACGGCAGAGAGGUUCGUAGCCGUGUUGCACCCCUUGAGACGCAACCUGCUGUGCACGGUGGAGCGCGCGCGCGGGGCCGUGCUGGCGCUGACGGCCGCCGCCGCCGUGCUCAACCUGCCCGUGCUGCGGUUCGCGACGCCGCUAAAGAACGACUGCAACAUCGACGUGGCGUACUACGACCACGCGGCACGGUUCAAUAUUGUGGACACGGCGGUGUCGUUCACGAUCCCGCUGGCGGUGAUCAUAGUGCUGAACACUUGGAUCACGGUGGGCGUGUGUCGGCUGGAGCGGGCGCGGCAGCAGCUGGUGCGCGCGGGGGGGCGCGGGCGGCGCGGGGGACGGGGCGCGCGUGGGCCCGUGCCGCCGCCGCGGUCGCAGCAUCGCGUCACCCGGAUGCUGCUCAUCGUGUCCACGGUGUUCGUGCUCUUCAACCUGCCGGCCUACACCAUGCGGAUCUGCGCCUACGCGAUGGACAUGGAGGGCACGGAGCACAGCGGCGUUUGGGGCGCGCUUCAGCAGCUGGCUCUCAUGUUCUUCAACACAAACUUCGGCAUCAACUUCAUCCUGUACUGCAUGAGUGGACAGAACUUCAGGCGAGCCCUGCGGCAGAUGCUGCCUCGGUGGUGGCGCCGCGAGCCGGCCGCCGUCGUGCGGGUCGACACGUCCGUGCCCGUGCGAGCUAGCAGCCUAUCAACGUCAGUGGUGAGCAUGGAGGGGGGCAGCGCGACGCCGCAUCUGCACCGGCGCGUGCGCACCGUGCAGCGCUGGAAGUUCGACAACACGAGGCAGCAGCAACAGCAGCAGCAGCGGCUGCAGCGGCUGCACGAGCUGCAGAACAACGGCGCGGAGGAGAUCGAGAUGCGGGCCAUCAAGGGCAGACGGUACGAUUAGUGAGCGCCGCACGCGGCCCGGUUCAGCUAGUCCGGGCCAUCCUCUGGACGGAUGGCCUCGGAAGCGCUACAGCGCGCAGACUCCCUCCAAGAAGGGGUCAUACAAACGGUCUUCAAGCGCUAGCAUCUAAAGAUGCUGGUCGUAGCGUAGAAGACUCACCAGAGGUCAGCGGCGGUUAUGACGUAUUGAAAUCUAAGACACCGCGUUCAUCAUUGGAAUUUGUAGUUUGUAAACGGGGACGAAUAUAGGGCUCUUUACAGACUCGGGCACAGCGAAAAAAAGAGUAUAGGUGGUAGCGUAUUUAAUUUUAGUAAGUAAAUCGGAUCAUGUUUAUUUGGACGAAAAAGGUAAUUGCUAUGAUGGACUUAGUUAGAUCAAAGAUUGUGACGAUAAGAUGGAUUUUAUAAGAACUAAUAAAAAUAUAAUAUAGCUAUAUUGUAACAAUACAUACCUAAUAAUGGAAAAAAAUGAAUCCAUACGCUUUAUAAUUACAAGUUUUGUAACAAGAUACGACUAUCAUACAUAGGUACUCUAUAACAUACAUAUUUUAAAUGUUUAAUACAUAUAAGUAAAUCGGAUCAUGUUUAUUUGGACUAAAGAAAUAAUUUGCUAUGAUGGACUUAGAUAGAUCAAAGAUUGUGACGAUAAGAUGGAUCUAGAAGAACUUAUAAAAAUAUAAUAUAGCUAUAUUGUAACAAUACAUACCUAACCAUGGAAAAAAAUGAAUCCAUACGCUUUAUUAAUUACAAGUUUUGUAACAUGAUACGACUAUCAUACAUACCCUACAACAUACAUAUUUUAAAUGUUAAUAAUACACAUAAGUUUAGUACGUAGGUAUUUACCCGAUCGUCAUUAAACAAAUCACUCAUUUACUAUGCACACUUUUGAACAUAUAUUUAUUUAGAAACUAGUUGAAUUACCACAAAAAUGUUUAUCAGAUUUAGCAGGUGCUUAAUUAGUAACACCUUAAAAAAGUCUAUAGACAAUUGAAAAUUUUUAGUACAAAGUAAACAGGAAUAAAUAAAAAUACCUAGUCUCUACUCACUAGUAAUAUAGAGUAAACUAUCAUAUUACUGACACGAUACUGCGCAUGAUGCAAAC